AUGGAUCAAAUUAAAGAAUAUUCUUCAAAAGCAGAAGACAUUCUUGAAGCAAUUUCUCAACCUUUUAAACCCCAUAUUCCUGCAAUAGCUCGUUUUCUUAUUGUUGCUACAUUUUUAGAAGAUGCAUUAAGAAUUUUAUUUCAAUGGAGCUCAUUCUUGAUAAUCAAAAGAAAAUAUCUAGAAUAUGCAGUUCUUAGUUUAUUCCUAGUAAUAUUAUCACAAUCAAUUGGAUAUGGUUUAUUUUUUGAAUUAAAUUUCUUUUUAAGAAGUCUUUCAGUAACUGGUGGUCUAUUAAUGGUAUUAUCUGAUGCUUUCUCAAAAAGAAAAUCUGUAUUUGCUGAUCUCCCACAAUUAUCAGAGCGUGAUCGUAAAACUUAUUUUCAAUUAGCUGGGCUUGGUUUCAAGGCUAAAUGGUCUGCCACUUUUUUAGUACUAUUUCUUUCUGUUUUUAAUGUAUUGAUCAAUAAUUUUUGGUCAGUUCAUCAUGCUGAUCCACAACGUGAUUUCUUGAAAUAUGAUUUCUUUCAAACUCUUAGUAUUGUUGGUGGGUUGUUAUUAUUAUCGAGAGAAAAAAUUAGAGGAUUAGAUCAACAACUUGCAGAUUGUAAAAAUGACUUUCAACAAGUGGAAAAAUUAAUUAAAAAUAUCAUUGAAACUAUUUUGGAAUAUUUGCCUAUGGUUCUAGCACGCGAGAAUAAAACUAUAGAUGAUGAAAAGAAAAACAUGGAAAAAAAUCUGAAUCCUGUAAAUAUGAUACGGAAGCUAGGCGAUUUCAUCAAAACUUUAGAUGAAGAAUUGCGCAGUGCCAAAAAGGAGAGAAGAGAUGUAAAUACAAAAAGGAAGCAAACAAUGAAAAUUCAAACUGGUUUAUUAAAUGAUCUCAGUAAAAAAUUAUGGAGCAAUUAUUCUAAUUUUAAAUCAAUAGCAACCAAAUUAGAACUAUCUGUGCCAUCUCUUCUUUCAGAAGAUAAAGGAAAUGAUAAUGAUGACGAUGUUAAUGUUGACGAGCAACCCAAUUCAUCAAAUCGUAACCAUAAUAAUCAACGAUACCCCAUGGAAGAAGCCUUGCGUAAAUUAUUUGAAAAUGAUGGCAAUAAUAAUAAAGAAUUGUUAAAAGAUGACAUUAAUAACCUUUUGGAAUUUGUAUCUAAACUUGAUUUUACUGAGUUCGGUUCUGUUAUAGAGAAUAAGAUUAAGCAUGCAGAAACACUAACAGAAAGAUUCAAAAGAGAGAGCAGUUCAUACAAAAGUGAUCUUGCAGUAUUUUUUCCAAAUAGUAAUGAUCUUGCAAAUGCUCAAUGGCAAGCAUUUCAUCUCGAAUGUCCUCAUUACUUUAUACGUGAAGCCGAAAUUAAUGACUCGGCAAAAAAUAAAAGAUGUAUUAUUGCAAGAAUUGAAGAAAUUACUGAAUAUAUAUCAGAUUCAAAGAAUCCUGAAAUUCCACAAUAUGGAUUAGCCGACGGAAUGAAAUUUUAUUUAUUAGAUGUUGAAGUAUAUCAAGCUGAUUCGACACCUUAUGCUUCUCGUCGUCGAUCGGUAUCAGAAGCCCAAACAAACAAAAGUUCGAGAAACAACGGUAAUAUUCAAUUAAUGAGUGCAUCUGUUUCAAGCCUUUCAAAUACAACAACGAGUGUUUCUAGACGCUCCAGUGCAAGUUCUUCCAGAAAACGUGUAACUAUAACAAGUAUGCCAAUAUCUACCAAUACCAAUACUAGUCAAUCUCCUCAAUCAUCAUGA